AUGGGUUCGGAUCUAAAAGUAGUAAAAGGGAUGUCAUUCAGAACAGGUCAACUCACGGAAUGGGUCAAGUGGAAGAGACUUGGCUCCGGGGGAUUUAGAGAUGUGUAUUUAGCAACCCUAACAAAGCCAUACCUCCGAUCAGUUGCCGUCAAAUUUUGUGAAUCACCCAGCCCUUCCCUUCAGAAGGAAUAUAGGGUUCUUCGCCACUUUCUUCAUUCCCCUAAUAUCGUUCAAUGCUACGGUGAAAGCAUAACCGUUGAAGACGGUGUUACAAAUCAUAACCUACUUCUCGAAUACGCCGCUGAUGGCAAUCUCUUGAAAUUUGAUCAAGAUGUACGCUGGGAGAAUUCCAGAAUCUGGUGUGAGAUCGCUGAUUUUGGGUUGGCCAAACAACCUGGAGAAAGAGAAGAGUAUGCAAUAGUAUCGCCUUAUCUUCAAGGCACUUUAAUGUAUAUGUCACCGGAAACUUUUUAUGAGGGAAAAAUCGGUGCUGCAAUGGAUAUAUGGUCGCUGGGAUGUACCAUUGUCGAGAUGAAGACCGGAAAACCUCCAUCAAUGGAAACAAUGGAAAUAACCGAUAUUAUCCCCCAACGUAUGUCCAAGUCCGGAAAAGAUUUUUUGACGAGAUGCUUCGCUAUGGAUCCCAAUCAACAACGGACUGCUAAGAGCCUUUAA